CUGGGAGGAGCCUCACUGUAACCCCGCCCCUCCUUCUCAUGUGCAUUUGUAGUGUUAUUAUAACCUGCUGAAGGAGGUGUUGGACGGCGGUGAGUGGAUGACACAACGUGCAGUGGUUGUGUAUGAGGAGGAUGUCUGCGAAUGCUCCUUUUUGCAGCUUUGGGACUCAUCCUGUGGAUAUCUGUGCUACUUUGGAGAAUUAUUACCAAGACUGGAGUAAUGUCUGUGGAAGGACAGGGAUCGGAUUCUGUCUGGGAUUCCCCUGAGCAGGGUGCCUCUGGCGCACAUACCCCUUCCAAUGCAGACAACUACUCACUCUUAUUAGCUCCCUCAACUUCAUUAACCACUAAACACAACAAUCCAGCCAACAGCAAACCUAUGGCUUCUGUAGUCAAAACAGCAGAGUGUGAUCCUCUGCAGACUCUCUCUGAGGUAAACUCAGAGCUGCUGCCAAAGAGCACUUCAAACCACGUCAGAGCCACGGCUCCUAUGCUCAGCUCAAGGCCCGAGGAGAGGAAGCGCCUUAAGUUCAUUCUGGGAGCUUCAGAGGAUUACUCUUCAGAUGAGGAUCUCCUGGUCACAAAGCCUCCAAGCGGAGUAUCUCAGGCUUCUACGCCGAAAUCUGCCACAGAGAUGGAGCCCUCUGCAGUGCCGACGCCCACGCCUUCAACCAUCAAGCCUAGCAUGUCCGGUCCUCACUUGGUGAAAAAAGGACGUGAACACAGAAAGAUGGACCUACAGAGGGACUUUACUGUGGCCUCUCCGGCUGAGUUCGUCACACGGUUUGGUGGCAAUCGUGUGAUUGAAAAAGUGCUCAUAGCUAAUAAUGGCAUUGCUGCAGUCAAAUGUAUGCGCUCCAUCCGCCGCUGGUCCUAUGAAAUGUUUCGCAAUGAGAGGACCAUUCGCUUCGUGGUCAUGGUUACCCCUGAAGACUUGAAAGCGAACGCAGAGUACAUAAAAAUGGCUGACCACUAUGUACCUGUUCCCGGUGGCUCUAAUAACAACAACUAUGCCAACGUAGAGUUGAUAGUAGACAUUGCAAAAAGAAUCCCAGUGCAGGGUGUUUGGGCAGGUUGGGGCCAUGCAUCAGAAAAUCCCAAACUGCCAGAACUCCUUCACAAAGCAGGGAUAUCCUUCUUGGGACCUUCCAGUAAAGCCAUGUGGGCUUUAGGAGACAAGGUGGCUUCUUCCAUUGUGGCCCAGAGUGCUGACAUUCCCACACUACCUUGGAGUGGAUCAGGCCUGAAAGUGGACUGGACUGAGGAGGACCAAACUCAGGGUAAAGUAAUCAGUGUCCCUCCAGAAGUCUAUAAUGAAGGCUGUGUUCGUGAUGUAGAAGAUGGUCUAGCAGGAGCUGAGAGAAUUGGCUAUCCUGUUGUUAUAAAAGCAUCAGAGGGUGGAGGGGGUAAAGGCAUUCGUAAAGUUGAAAAUUCAGAAGAUUUUCCAGGUUUCUUCAGACAGGUUCAGACAGAGGUACCUGGAUCCCCCAUCUUCGUCAUGCAACUGGCUCAGCACGCAAGACACCUUGAGGUGCAGAUACUGGCGGAUGAAUAUGGAAAUGCCAUCUCUUUGUUUGGACGAGACUGUUCCAUCCAGAGAAGACACCAGAAGAUCAUCGAGGAAGCUCCUGCCACUAUAGCUGCCUCUUCAACAUUAGAGCAAAUGGAGCAGUAUGCUGUACGAAUGGCCAAAAUGGUCGGAUACGUGAGUGCGGGUACUGUGGAGUAUCUGUACUCAGAAGAUGGAAGCUUUCACUUCCUGGAGCUGAACCCUCGCCUGCAGGUUGAACAUCCAUGUACGGAGAUGAUUGGGGAUGUAAAUUUACCAGCUGCCCAACUUCAGAUUGCAAUGGGCAUCCCUCUAAGUCGAAUUAAGGACAUUCGGUUGCUGUACGGAGAGAGUCCAUGGGGAGACACGCACAUUAACUUUGAGGUCCCAUAUCGUCUUCCGAGUCCAAGAGGGCAUGUCAUAGCUGUUCGGAUCACCAGUGAGAAUCCUGAUGAGGGGUUUAAGCCGAGCUCUGGCACCGUACAGGAGCUGAACUUUCGCAGCAGUAAAAAUGUCUGGGGUUACUUCAGCGUGGGGGCAACAGGCGGCCUCCAUGAGUUCGCCGAUUCUCAGUUCGGACACUGUUUCUCUUGGGGCGAGAACCGUGAGGAGGCUAUUUCGAACAUGGUCGUGGCCCUGAAGGAGCUCUCCAUCAGAGGGGAUUUCAGGACAACGGUUGAGUACCUCAUUAAGAUUCUGGAGACUGAAAGCUACAGAAACAAUGAGAUUGACACCGGUUGGCUGGAUCACCUCAUUGCUGAGAAAGUUCAGGCUGAGAGGCCAGAUACCAUGUUGGGUAUUGUCUGUGGGGCUUUGCAUGUUGCGGAUGCAAGCUUUAGGAAGAGCAUGUCCGACUAUUUACACUCUCUGGAAAGAGGCCAGGUGCUACCCGCAGCAAGUCUGCUCAACUCCGUAAAUGUGGAGUUGAUAUACGAGGGAGUCAAGUACUUUUUGAAGGUUGCACGGCAAUCCCCCACAACCUAUGUCAUCAUGAUGAAUGGCUCCAACAUAGAAAUAGAUGUCCACAGGCUGAGUGACGGGGGUUUGCUGCUGUGCUAUGAUGGCUGCAGCCACACCACCUACAUGAAGGAGGAAGUAGACAGCUACCGCAUCACUGUUGGCAACAAGACUUGUGUGUUUGAGAAAGAGAAGGAUCCCACAGUGUUAAGGUCACCAUCUGCUGGAAAACUGCUGCAGUAUAUGGUUGAGGAUGGAGGUCACAUUUUUGCGGGAGAAACGUAUGCAGAGAUUGAGGUGAUGAAGAUGGUGAUGACUCUAACAGUGGAGCAGUCUGGUUGUAUAAACUUUGUUAAGCGUCCGGGAGCUGUCCUAGAGCCUGGCUGUGUCAUGGCACAUAUGGAUCUUGAUGACCCAAGCAGUAUUGUUAAAGUAGAACUCAACACAGCCUCCCUACCACCCCAGCAGCCCCUCCCUACGGUCGGGGAAAAACUUCAUCAGGUGUUCCACUCUGAACUUGAAAACCUGAUCAACGUGAUGGAUGGCUACUGUCUUGAAGAGCCCUACUUCAGCAGCAAGCUGAAAGAAUGGGUUGCCACUUUGAUGAAAACACUUAAGGACCCUUCACUGCCGCUGUUGGAGCUGCAGGAGAUCAUGACCAGUGUGGCUGGUCGUAUUACACCAAGUGUUGAGAAAGAAAUCCGUAAGGUCAUGGCUCAGUAUGCAAGCAACAUCACCUCUGUCCUCUGCCAGUUUCCCAGCCAAAGGAUUGCAAACAUCUUAGACAGCCAUGCAGCAACAUUACAGAGAAAGGCUGACCGGGAGGUUUUCUUCAUGAAUACUCAAAGUAUUGUACAGUUGGUGCAGAGAUACCGCAGUGGAAUCCGUGGUUACAUGAAGUCUGUGGUUCUUGAUUUGUUGAAGCGGUACCUGAAAGUUGAGACGCAGUUUCAACAAGCCCACUAUGACAAGUGUGUCAUGAACCUGAUAGAGCUGCACAAACCAAAUGUGAGUCCCGUGCUGGACUACAUCUUCUCCCACUCUCAGGUGUCCAAGAAGAAUGUCCUCGUCACGAUGCUCAUUGAUCAACUCUGUGGUCGUGAUCCCACCCUGGCAGAUGAACUCAUGGCUAUUCUGAACGAACUGACACAACUGAGCAAUGAGGGAAACUCAAAGGUGGCUUUGAGAGCCAGACAGGUACUGAUCGCCUCCCAUUUACCAUCAUACGAACUGAGACAUAAUCAGGUGGAGUCUAUCUUCCUGUCAGCCAUUGACAUGUACGGCCAUCAGUUUUGCCCAGAAAACCUAAAGAAACUCAUUCUCUCUGAAACAUCAAUUUUUGAUGUUCUGCCCAACUUCUUCUACCACUCCAAUCAAGUGGUAUGCAUGGCCGCCUUGGAGGUUUAUGUUCGCAGAGGUUACAUCGCUUACGAGCUGAACAGCAUCCAACACCACCAGCUGUUGGAUGGCACAUGUGCGGUAGACUUCCAGUUCAUGUUGCCGUCAUCACAUCCCAACAGAGGGAGCAGCCCUACUCUGAACAGGCUUCCUGUGCCAGCAAGUGGAUCAGGUCAGCUGAAGCGCCAUGGCAGCGAGCUCUUCAUGGAUGGAGCUCUGUCUCCACCCUGCCAGCGGAUGGGGGCUAUGGUGGCAUUCCAGUGUUUUGAUGAUUUCAAAAGGAAUUUUGACGAGGUCCUGUCCAGCUUUGCAGAGCCGUUCAUGGAGAAUGUGUCUUUCUUGGAGUCCCGCUCAAAUUUCUACGAGGAAGACAACAUCAAAAACACCAGAGAGAACCCAAUCCACAUAAUAAACGUCUCCAUAAAAUCAGCAGACACAGAAGAUGAUGAGGCAUUGGUCAAAGUUUUUGCAGCUUUUACUCAGUCCAAGAAAGCCGUCCUUUUUGAGUAUGGCAUCAGGAGAAUCACGUUUUUGGUUGCACAGAAGAGAGAAUUUCCCAAGUUCUUCACAUUCAGAGCUCGAGAUGGGUUUCAGGAGGAUCGCAUUUACCGACAUUUGGAGCCAGCUCUAGCAUUUCAGCUGGAACUCAACAGAAUGAGGAACUUUGACUUAAAAGCAGUUCCCUGUGAAAACCACAAGAUGCAUCUGUAUCUGGGUGCCGCUCGUGUCGAGGAGGGUACAGAAGUUACGGACUACCGCUUUUUCAUUCGAGCCAUUAUCCGCCACUCUGAUCUCAUAACAAAGGAAGCAUCUUUUGAAUACCUUCAAAAUGAAGGUGAGCGUCUUCUGUUGGAGGCCAUGGACGAGUUGGAGGUUGCCUUCAGUAACACCGGCGUCCGCACAGACUGCAAUCACAUCUUCCUCAACUUUGUCCCGACAGUCAUCAUGGAUCCUUCUAAAAUAGAGGAGUCUGUCCGCUCCAUGGUGAUGCGUUACGGCAGUCGUCUGUGGAAGCUGCGGGUCCUUCAGGCUGAAUUGAAAAUAAACAUCCGUCUGACCCCAACCGGGAAUGCCAUACCUAUCCGUCUCUUUCUCACAAAUGAGUCUGGCUAUUAUUUGGACAUCAGUCUUUAUAAAGAAGUCACUGACUCAACUUCUGGACAAAUUACGUUCCAGUCAUAUGGAGACAAGCAGGGCCCUCUGCAUGGCAUGCUGAUCAACAGUCCCUACGUUACCAAAGACCUGCUGCAGGCCAAACGCUUCCAGGCUCAAACUCUGGGCACAACAUAUGUGUAUGACUUUCCUGAGAUGUUCAGACAGGCUCUGUUCAAACUGUGGGGGCCAGGGGAUGAAACUCCUAAAGACGUGCUGGUUUGUUGUGAGCUUGUUCUGGACCUGGAAGGCCGCCUGGUGCAGAUGAACCGCCUGCCUGGAGACAAUGAUGUGGGAAUGGUUGCAUUCAGGAUGAAAAUGAAGACCCCAGAGUACCCAGAAGGAAGAGACAUAAUUGUCAUCUGUAACGACAUCACUUACAUGAUCGGCUCAUUCGGCCCCCAGGAGGACGAGCUGUUCCUCAGGGCGUCUGAGCUCGCUCGAGCGGAGGGAAUUCCUCGUAUUUACAUCGCAGCCAACAGUGGAGCUCGCAUCGGGCUCGCUGAAGAGAUCAAGCACAUGUUUAACGUGGCUUGGAUUGACCCUGCUGACCCCUACAAAGGUUUCAAAUACCUUUACCUGACGCCGCAGAACUACACUCGCAUCAGUUCCACCAAUUCCAUUCACUGUCACCAUGUAGAGGAAGGAGGGGAGUCUAGAUACAUCAUAACUGACAUCAUUGGAAAUACGGAUGGGAUUGGUGUUGAAAACCUGCGAGGUUCUGGCACCAUUGCAGGAGAAUCAUCACAGGCUUAUGAUGAGAUUAUUACAAUCAGCAUGGUAACCUGCCGUGCCAUCGGGAUCGGUGCAUAUUUAGUCCGUUUGGGACAGAGAGUCAUCCAGGUGGAGAACUCCCACAUUAUCCUGACUGGAGCAAGUGCUCUCAACAAGGUUCUGGGCAGAGAAGUCUACACCUCCAACAACCAGCUUGGAGGAGUCCAGAUCAUGCACAAUAAUGGAGUCACACACACCACAGUGACUGAUGACUUUGAGGGAGUUUUCACCAUCCUGCAGUGGCUCUCAUAUAUGCCAAAGAGCAAACACUGCUCUGCGCCUGUUAUGGCAACAGCAGACCCCGUAGACAGAGAGAUAGAGUUCACUCCCACCAAAGCACCAUAUGACCCUCGCUGGAUGCUAGCCGGCAGACCUCAUCCAUCGAUCAAAGGGGCAUGGCAGAGUGGAUUUUUUGAUCAUGGCUCUUUCAUGGAGAUCUUGGGGUCUUGGGCUCAAACUGUGGUCGUGGGAAGGGCAAGGUUAGGAGGAAUCCCUCUCGGUGUGAUUGCUGUAGAAACACGUUCAGUUGAGGUCACCAUUCCAGCAGAUCCUGCAAACCUCGAUUCAGAGUCAAAAGUUCUGCAACAGGCUGGCCAGGUGUGGUUCCCUGAUUCUGCCUUUAAAACCGCUCAGGCGAUUGGUGACUUCAACCGUGAAAAUCUGCCUCUCAUGGUGUUCGCCAACUGGAGAGGCUUCUCUGGCGGGAUGAAAGAUAUGUACGAUCAGGUACUGAAGUUUGGUGCCUACAUUGUGGACGCCCUGCGUGGUUUCCGCCAGCCCGUGUUAGUGUACAUCCCACCACACGCAGAGCUGAGAGGAGGAUCCUGGGUAGUAAUAGAUCCUACCAUCAACCCACAGUACAUGGAGCUGUAUGCUGACAAGGAGAGCAGAGGUGGCGUGCUAGAAGCUGAAGGCACAGUGGAGAUCAAGUUCAGGAGGAAAGACCUUCUGAAGACCAUGAGAAGACUUGAUUCUGUCUAUGCUGGUCUGGUAGAACAGCUUGCUUCCCCUGAGUUGCCUCAGAAACAGAGCAAAGAGCUGGAGGCCAAGCUCAGAGCAAGGGAGGAAUUCCUGUUGCCAAUUUACCACCAGGUGGCAGUGCAGUUUGUGGACCUCCAUGACACUCCCGGCAGGAUGCAGGAGAAGGGGGUCAUCACUGAUGUUUUGGAAUGGAAAAAUGUGCGGACCUUUUUCUACUGGCGCCUGCGGCGCCUCCUGUUGGAGCAGGUGGUGAAGUAUGAGAUUCUGCAGGCCAACAGGGACCUCAGCGAUGGGCACCUGCAGUCGAUGCUGCGCCGCUGGUUUGUUGAAACAGAGGGAACAGUCAAGGCUUACCUUUGGGAUAACAAUCAAGCAGUGGUGGAGUGGCUAGAAAAGCAUUUGUCCAAAGAGGAUGGAACUAGAUCUGCUAUCCGGGAAAACAUCAAGUAUUUGAAACGAGAAAAUGCUUUGAAGCACAUUCGCAGCCUGGUGGAGGCUAACCCAGAUGUGGCCAUGGACUGCAUCAUCCACAUGAGCCAGUAUAUCACUCCUUCUCAAAGGGCCAACGUGUCUCAUCUGCUCGCUACGAUGGACAACAGCAGUUCAUCUUAAACUGCAAGAACAUUUGAGUCCAGCCCAGGAAUAACAAUAAACUCUUUUGAACAGAUGAUUGCACUAGAUUGCAAUGAAAUGUUUGAAAUGUGGAAUGUUUGUGCCAAAAUACUUUUGAUGAAAAAAAAAAUCUAUAAGCUUCAAAUGCGCACAAAAAGAAAAAAACGGUCUGUGGCCUUUCUGUGUUUGUCGACAUGAAAUGAAAGGAUCUUGAAGUUGAGUAUCAGCUUAAGGAACCUGUUUUUUUUGUUUUAUUUCACGUUAUCACUGUAAUGCACAUUUUCACUUUGUUUCUGCACAACAGGAGUCGGUGUUAAAUUUGAACCCUGUGGAGUCUACCGGGGCAAAAAAAAACAGCUUUCAUUAAAUGGGACUCUUGAUUUUAAGUGCCAGGUAUAAUCUUCAAGAUUUAACAUGAAAUGCUAAAUCUUAAACUCGCUGAUCUUAAGUCUCUCUGAAUAUCUUUAGUAAAAAAAUGUUUUGAAAUGACUUGUCUAUUAGAGAUACUUUCUAGUAAGACUAGAUCUACAGUUCUCAAUAUGUUAAACCGUUGUGUUUGCAUGUCUGAAAAGGUUUUUUUUUCUCGGGCAUCUCGAUCGGUUCCCUCCAGCAUCAUUUUCACUCUCGUUUAUUAUUGCUGUAAAUUUUGUUAUGAGCUUAAGAUAAUUGUACGGAAAGAAUGGCACUAUUUGAAACUCCUUAGCAUUUAUUUUGUUGUCAUUUUUCUUGUUUUUGUUUGGUGAAAAGCUUCAAAAACUUUCAAUGUUUCAUCACCAAUAGUUGCCUAAGUGGGGCCUCAAGCAAUGUCUUGAUUUGCCAUAUUUGUGAUCAAAUACUGAUAUUUCAUUCAAAUGUAUUUUAACUACUUUGAGUACUUUAUAUUUUACAAAGAGGUGUUUAUAACUUUUUGCCAUUGAUUUUAAUAAAUAUUAAGAAGCUUC